GUGUCAUCGACUGACAAGUCCCUGAGAAAGGAAACCAGACCACCGCGCUUCUUCACGUUGACAGUCAGCAAUGAUAGCGAUCUCAGCAUGACUGAGGAGGGAUUUCGCAGUCUUUCCAUAAGCAGCUGCUCCAUGUCGGAGCUCUCGUCUUCCAGUGCAACAAUGUCUGCUCUGAUCCAGUUCAAGCUUGGGCUGUACACAGAGAUGGUACGGGUCUCAGCCGGCAACCUGAGCUACCAGCACGCCCAGAGGCUGGCUGCUGAGGUCAUUCAGCGCAAGGCUCCAGACUGUAGAGUGGUCGGCUCUGGGGAGAAGAUCCUGUUGUUCAGACAUCAGCCCGCCUCUCAGCAGCUGCUUCACCGCCUGACAGCUGAUGAUGAAGUCCAGGACGGGGAUCUGAUCGAGGUCAUCAUUUCAGGGUCGGCCUCAGUCACAGAGGUGAGGAUCCGCCCUCACUCUCUAAUGGUGCACUCGUACCGCUCCCCUACCUUUUGCCACCACUGUGGAGAGAUGCUGUGGGGUCUGGUCCGGCAGGGCCUGAAGUGUGACGGUUGUGGGUUAGACUUCCAUAAGCGCUGUGCUUUGCAGUUGCCCAAUGACUGCAGCCGAGCUCGUCGCCAAGUUAGCUCCAGCCUCUCACUGUUCCCACCGCGGCAGUCCCAAACACAUGCAUUGUCUUAUCAGGCAGGAGGCAGUCUGGAGGAGAUCAGCAUGUCCAAGCCCUCCUCCCAGCCUCCGUCAUGGGUGGAGCCUCCAGUCUGGCUGGGAGUGGGAUUAGGGGACAAAACCAGAGCACAGGUCCCUCACACCUUCUACAUCCACAGCUACACCAAACCCACCAUGUGCCAGUACUGCCACCGGCUACUCAAGGGGCUCUUCAGGCAGGGCAUGCAGUGCUCAGACUGCAGGUUUAACUGCCAUCGGCGCUGUGUGCCGUUGGUCCCCAGAGACUGUCCAGGAGAGAGGAGAGGUGAUGGUUACGAACCUGCAACCAGCAGUUGGAGCUCUGCCCCCAACCCGGAAGACACUGAGGCUGAGUUAGAUAGCACGUCCUUUGAUAUGUCAGACGACGAGUUAUUCACAGACUUUGACCUCCUGGCUGAGAUUAACGAGGUUGAGAAGCUUCGAGAACCAAUGAGCCCGUGCUUCAGCAGCAACAUCCCUCUGAUGAGGGUCGUCCAGUCGGUGCAUCACACCAAAAGGAGGCCCGCAGGAACGCUUAGAGAAGGAUGGCUGCUGCACCACACCAACACAGACGCGCUGAGGAAACGACAUUAUUGGAUCUUGGACUUGAAGAGCAUCACUCUGUACCAGAAUGAGACCAGCACCAAGUACUACAAAGAGAUCCCUCUAUCUGAGGUGCUGCAGGUCCGAGGCCCGUCCCACCUGUCGGUGCCAGUGUUGCCAGGCGACCAAGGUCACUCUUUUGAGCUGCUGACGGCCUCACUGGUGUUCUGCGUGCAGGCUGGGGUGGAGGCAGCAUCCUGGGAGAGUGCCAUUUGUCAGGCACUGAUGCCGAUGCAGAACAGCAAAGGACGGGCAGAACAGGAGCAGCAAGUGUUUAGCGUUCUUGUUCCAGAUAAAGAUAGAGAAGAUGACGAUGUGGACAUCAGCUCGGUCUAUCAGAUCUUUACUAAUGAGGUUCUGGGUUCAGGACAGUUUGGAGUGGUGUACAAAGGCACUCACAGGAAGUCUGGUCGAGCGGUCGCCAUCAAAGUCAUUGAUAAAAUACGUUUCCCAACCAAAGUUGAGAGGCAGCUGAGGAACGAAGUGGCCAUCCUGCAGAAACUGUCCCAUCCCGGCAUUGUUGUUUUGGAGGGCAUGUUUGAAACCGCAGAACAUGUCUUCGUCGUCAUGGAGAAGCUCCAUGGAGACAUGCUGGAGAUGAUUCUCUCCAGCGAGAAGGGCCGACUCCCCGAACGCAUCACCCGCUUCCUGGUUAUGCAGAUCCUUGAGGCCCUGCGGUAUCUGCACCUGAAGCAUGUGGCUCACUGCGACCUGAAACCGGAGAACGUGCUGCUGGCCUCCGCAGACCCCUUCCCACAGGUGAAGCUGUGCGACUUUGGCUUUGCCCGCAUCAUCGGGGAGAAGUCCUUCCGACGCUCUGUGGUGGGAACUCCGGCCUACCUGGCGCCUGAGGUGAUCAGCAGCAACGGCUACAACCGCUCUCUGGACAUGUGGUCUGUGGGUGUAAUCGUGUAUGUCAGCCUGAGUGGGACCUUCCCUUUUAAUGAGGACGAGGACAUCCGGCAGCAGAUCACCAACGCGGCCUUCAUGUACCCCCGCCAGCCCUGGUCCUCCAUCUCACUAGAAGCCGUGAGCCUCAUCAACAACCUGCUGCAGGUCUCUGUGAAGCGCAGGUUCACUGUGGGCAAAGCUCUGGGACACUCCUGGCUCCAGGACUUCCAGUUGUGGUGUGACCUCAGGCAGUUUGAGCUGCGUCUGGGCUGCAGGUAUCUGACCCACCAAGGAGACGAUGACCGCUGGAUGUCUUACGCUCAGGAAAAGGGGUUGAGCUUCCCCUUCCCAUCUAUGCUGGGACCCUGAGGAUCAGCUGGAGCUGAGGCAAAGGUCAGGCGCUGUUCCUAAGCCCGGAACCAAACCUACAUUUCACAGGAGAACAUUUCAAGUGACUUUGCAUAAAAUAAAAUGAAAAAUAAAACACAA